AUGCAAGCGACUAAAAAUGGGUCGAUUACGCUCGACGAUUUCGAGUUGCUAACAACGGGGAUACUGCAGAUGGGCGUAAUCCUUGAGCUAUUGCAAAAAUAUACAAAGACCUAUCAUCCUCAUUAUCCUAUAGUUCCAGCAUGGCUCCACUCACCGAUGGUCAUAGAAAAGAUUAGGAAAUCCGAACACUUUCUUCUCACAGUGCUGUUGACUGUUGCAUCGCGAGAUUCGACGCAGCAUGUACUCGUACAUCGAUACUGUUGGGAACAUGCUCAGAAACUGCUACUGGAGGUACUUUUAGCCCGUCCCUCAACUCAAACACCCCGCACGGUCGAAGGCCUCUUGGUUCUAGCGGAGUGGCUACCUCACAUUGAAUCUAAGCUCAAGACUAAAGAAGCGCCUGGCAAUCUUUUCACCGAAGACAGGCGUGCGUGGUCACUUGUAGGCCUCGCCAUACGACAAGGUUAUAUGCUUCGGUUAGACAGAGGGGCUUUCCGCAAAUCUCGCGAUUACACCACACAAGAGCAGAGCGAACAGGAGCGACUAGUUUGGCAUUUUGUGUAUCUCGCAGACCGCCAUAUAUCAGUCCGCCUGGGGCAAUCGUUCUGGUCUCGUGGGCCAUCUCUGUCCUCCCAAUUUACUGCGGAUGACUUCCCCAGUCUGAAACCUAGAUCUGGAGAUUUAUAUGAUCAUUCCGCGAUCUUGCAAGCCAAUCUGGACCUUGUACAGAUCUUGUACAACGCCCAUCUGAUCUUGUACGCUUCCGCAGAACGGACUCAGGCUCUUAUCAAAGAUGGCGAUUACGCUCGGUACCUAGACGACUUUCUGGGUGCUGCAGCAAUGUGGAUGACUACGUGGCGACGACUGGACAAUUCGUCAGUGGUACCAAACUCAGUCUUUAUAACUUAUGAGUACGUCUGUCUGUACGUAAACGCAUUUUCAUUCCAGGCCGUUGUCGCACGAUCAGUCAAGGACCCAAGGUCGCAUCCCAAAACACAUGCCACCAAUGAAAUAUCCUUGGAAGAAGGAUUCCAUCGAAGCACCCUAUCUUUGCCUGAUGGGCUCUACAUCAACGGUGCGAUUCGCGCGGCGACAAAGUUGCUCGAAAGAUUGACAAGUUUGGACCCGCACAGCGAAGUGCAAUACCUUCCAUCGCGUUUUUUUCUCUACGCAGUCUACGCAGCUGUGUUUCUGCACAAGGUAGUAAACCUCAACGUGAGCAACGUUAAGACACUGCUGAACGCAAUCAAUGGCCUCGUUUCACGUCUGACUUCAACCAUGAAGGAAGCGUCCACGACCGGCACUCACGUCUGCCAUAUCUAUAGUGAGAUGUUGGAAAGACUUUGGCACUGCCGCAAUCCAAUACAAGAAUCGUCACGGAGGUUAUUUUUGAACACAGAACUCGAUCUCGAUCAUACCCUACAUGGACCAUUUGUGCAUCAACCCUCCCUUACUCAGCCUCUGAACGGUAGUGUAUUUGAAGAUCAAUUGGCAGGCGACGCUUUACUCCAUGCUGAGGCUGGUUCAUCGAACAUCUUGUCACCGACUUGGCAAUACCCCUGGAUAAGCUAUGAUGUUUCUACAUUACCGUCAUGGGAAGAUCUAACGAUGGAUCAUUGCUGGCCAGGAGUCACCGACUUCUCGCAGCUGAUAGACCCUACAAUUAAUGCUUAG